AUGGGCCUGUCUCUUGUGUCCUACAUCAGGCGUUUCCAGCCGCUGGGCCGUUGGGACCCCAUCCCCAUUGCCUCUCCUCGCAAGCCCUCCACCCCCAGCAUGCGGCGUGCCCCGAGCGGGGUUUGCUCAGCCGGGCUGUCGCUGCUGAUGCUGCUUUGCUGCGUUGGUGCUGCCAGGGCGGCAGGCGAGGGCAAGGCCGUGUGGCAGCUCCCAGCGGGGGCUCUCAGCCCCUUCAAUGCCAGUCAGCUGUUUCUCCACGCCACCUUCCCGCAGGACUUCCUCUGGGGCACCGGAAGCUCAGCCUUCCAGACGGAGGGAGCCUGGGACAGGGGUGGAAAGGGACCCUCCAUCUGGGACAGCUUCACUCACUCCCACGCCCGAUCCCCUGGAGAGACGGCCGACGUGGCCAGCGACGGCUACGAGCACUGGGAGGACGACGUCACCUCCUUGAGGAGCCUGGGGGUGCAUUUCUACGCCUUCUCCAUUUCCUGGGCCAGGAUUUUCCCGAACGGGAUUGCCUCGGAGUCUCCCAAUGCCGCCGGCGUAGCCUAUUACAGCCGCCUCAUCGACCGAUUGCAGGAAGAAGGGAUAGCGCCGGUUGUCACCCUGUACCACUGGGACCUCCCCCUGAGCCUGCAGGAGCGCUACGGCGGCUGGCUGAACGGCUCCCUGGUCGACGUGUUUGACGAGUACGCGGCCUUCUGCUUCCUGGUUUACGGGGACCGCGUGCGCUACUGGAUUACCAUGCACAACCCCUACCUGGUGGCCUGGCACGGCUACGGAACCGGUCUGCAUGCGCCGGGGGACACGAGGGGCCCUGCGGCCGCAUUUACCGCCGGCCACAACCUCAUCAGGGCUCAUGCUAAAGCAUGGCACACAUACAACCGGCGGUUUCGCCCCCACCAGCGGGGUAUGGUGUCAAUUGCCCUUGGCAGCCACUGGGUGGAGCCCUACAAGGGGCAGGACUGGCAGGCGAACGUGGACCGGUGCCAGGAGUCCAUGGAAGCAGUGCUGGGUUGGUUUGCUGAACCCAUCCAUGGCGGAGGCGACUAUCCAGCCUCGCUGAAGAACCGACACCAAGAUCUUGUUCCCGAGUUCAUGGAGGCGGAGCGACAGCGGAUCAAAGGCACGGCUGAUUUCUUUGCCCUCUCCUUCGGGCCCAACAAUCUGCGGAUGGUGCAGAACCAGGUCCGGUUUGGCCAGCAGGUGUCCCCGGACCUGCGUCGGGUGCUGAGUUGGAUCCACCUGGAGUAUUACAGACCGGACAUCUUGAUUGUGGAGAACGGCUGGUUUUCAGACGCCGCUGUGGGAGCGGAGGACACUGUGGCCAUCUACUCCCUGAAGAAAUUCAUCAACCAAGUCCUUCAAGCCAUCGUCCACGACGGUGUCCGCGUGUUCGGCUACACAGUGUGGUCGCUGCUGGACGGCUUCGAGUGGAACUACGGCUACGCGAUGAGGCGUGGCCUCUUCCACGUGGACUUCCUGCACCAGAAUAGGACGCGAGUACCCAAGACGUCCUCCUUCUUCUACAGUCGGGUCAUCGCCGACAACGGCUUUCCUGAGGAGGAGACGAGGGACGUUCGGGGUCACUUCUCCUGUGAUUUCCAGUGGGGGGUGUCAGAUUCCACGCUGCAGGUUAACUUCAGGCCCUUCUCGCCGCAGUUCACGGACCCCCACCUGUACAGAUGGAACCUGACCGGAGACGGAGCUCUGCGGCCCGUCCUGGGGGUGCAGCUUAAGACGCGUGGGGCCCAGUGCACGGAUUUCCUGGCCAUCCAGCGGCACGUCCGGCUGCUGGUCGCUACAGGAGCCACUCACUACCGCUUCUCUCUGAACUGGUCCCUGGUGCUGCCGCGGGGCGACCUGUCCGUCGUCGACAUGGAGGUCUUACGCUACUACCGCUGCAUGCUGAAGGAGCUUCGGGCGAGGAGCAUUCAGCCCAUGGUGACGCUCUACUACCCUACCCAUAAUCCCCCGCUGCUGGGUCUUCCCGCAUCCCUCCACGACUCGGGUGGCUGGCUGAACCGCAGCACCGUGGAUGCCUUCCGGGAUUACGCUGAGCUCUGCUUCCGCGAGCUGGCGGCCUGGGUGCCGCUCUGGGUCACCAUCAACGAGCCCAACCGGCUCAGCCAAGCCUACGACGCCGCCGACUCCUACCUGGUGGCCCACCACCUGCUCCAGGCGCACGCUGCAGCCUGGCGCCUUUACGACCGGGAGUUCCGUGGACGGCACGGGGCCCGGGUGUCCUUCUCGCUGCACGCCGACUGGGCCGAGCCCGCCAACCCCUUCCUGGAGUCCCAUCACGCGGCCGCCACUCGUUUCCUGCUGUUCGAGAUGGCCCUCUUCCUCGACCCACUCCUGCUGGCACAAAGAGAAGCAGGAGGAGGAGGAGCAGACUACCCAAGAGAGGUGAGGGAGUACCUGCAGAAGAAGAACCGGCUGGGCCUGUCGGUGGGAACUCUACCCCACUUCACCCGGGCUGAGGAGACGGAGCUGCGAGGGGCUCUCGACUUCAUCGCCGUCAGCCACUUCACCACCCGCCUGGUGUCGCACCACCGCGCUAACAGCAGCCUCCAGCAGUUCCCGGACCACGACUCCCAGCUUUUCCUGGACCCCACGUGGGCCUCCUCGCCCCUGGGCCAGGCCCUCGUACCCUGGGGCCUCCGGCGGGUGCUGUGCUGGUUUAAGAGGCGGUAUGGCGACACCCCCAUCAUUGUCACGGCCAGUGGAGUAGAUGACAGGGCCUUCCGAGAUGACCAGCUAAGGCAAUAUUACCUACAGAGCUACCUGCAGGAGGCGCUCAAGGCCUACGUGGUAGACGGCGUAAACAUGGAGGGCUUCUACGUCUGGAAUCUCCAGGACCGCCACGGCCCCCGUUUCGGCCUGUUCACGUCCCCCGAGCACCAGUCCAGCGCCAAAUCUUCCGUCGCUGUGUACAGGGAGAUAAUCGCCCAGCGGGGUUUCCCGGCCAAGCAGAGCCGUGAGCCCUGUCCAGAGGCCGCGGCCCAGGCGGACUGUGCAGCGUGCGGCAAGAUUCUGGCAAACAAGGCUCUGCUCUUCUUCGCCAUCUGCCUCUUCCUCACCUUAACCACACUCGGGCUGCUCGUCUUCAAUUCCACGAGGAGGAAGAGGGCGCGGCCUUGCUCUGCACCCACCAAACGCCAGCAGGGUCACUGGAACAGGGUUGCCAUACAUCACGUGGGUGACAAUUUCCAUGACAACGGCUUAAAGCAGUGAGACAACCUUUAUCUCUUUGGUCCACUCCAUCGAUGUUUAUUUUUACUUCACUCCAGGUAGCUGUUGGAUACUAUGCAGGACUGAAUGCCCAUAUCUCUAUAUAGUCCCAGUACACCGAUUCCCCCUAACACUGCAGGGUGUUUGUAAAUCACCUGUAAUUAGUUUCUCUAUGUAUUCUAGUUUUUAAUGGGAAUAUUAAUGUUAGGGUAUGGUGCUGCAAUUUUAUAGAAAUAUAAUUUUGGAAAAACGAGAAAGUUAGACAGAACUGAUGAAAAUAUAUUUUGCGUUAAUCUGGUGUCCUUGGCUGGUGUGUUUGCAGCACUCUCCCCGCAGGAGGUUUUAUUAUAAAAAUUGAAUAUGCCUCUCAUUUGCAUGCGGGUUUGUGCAAUAUAUGUAUAGUUGUUAUUAUUGUAGUA